CCGGGACGCUCCCCCGCCCCCCGGGGACUGCGCUGGACGUGCCCGCCCUGCGCGACGACGUCAGCGCGCCCGCGCGCGCCAGGGGAGGAGUGGGAGCUGCGGGCCUGGAGGCGCUGACGCUCCGCAGGCCCCGUCCGGCCCGGCGAUGGAGUUUCCGGACCUUGGGGCUCACUGUUCGGAGCCGAGCUGUCAGCGGUUGGAUUUUCUGCCGCUCAAGUGCGACGCCUGCUCGGGCAUCUUUUGCGCAGACCACGUGGCCUACGCCCAGCAUCACUGUGGAUCUGCUUACCAAAAGGAUAUCCAGGUACCUGUAUGCCCACUCUGUAAUGUGCCUGUUCCUGUGGCCAGAGGGGAGCCCCCUGACCGUGCUGUUGGGGAACACAUUGACAGAGACUGCCGCUCUGAUCCAGCUCAGCAAAAGCGUAAGAUCUUCACCAAUAAGUGUGAACGCUCUGGCUGCCGGCAGCGGGAAAUGAUGAAACUGACCUGCGACCACUGUGGCCGAAACUUCUGCAUCAAGCACCGUCACCCACUGGACCAUGAUUGCUCUGGGGAGGGGCACCCCACAAGUAGGGCAGGACUGGCUGCCAUCUCCAGAGCACAAGGCCUAGCUUCUUCUACAAAGACCAUCCCCAGCCCAAACCAGACCUUGCCUUCAUCUACCUCUGCCAGCAGAGCCACAGCUCAGUCUCCAUCCCGGACAGCCUCUCCAGUGAUUGCUUUGCAAAAUGGCUUGAGUGAGGAUGAGGCUCUGCAACGAGCCCUGGAACUGUCCCUGGCAGAGACCAAACCCCAGGUCCCAAGUUCUCAGGAGGAAGAAGACUUAGCUUUAGCACAAGCACUAUCAGCCAGCGAGGCAGAAUACCGACAGCGGCAGGCUCAGAGCCGCAGCUUGAAGCCGUCCAACUGCAACCUGUGCUAGGGCCUUGGGCUUGGGGAGGGAGGCUCAGCUGAGGAGGACUGUGGCCCUCGCAUCUCUAGGGUCCACAGGGAGAGGAGGCCCGGAGCAGCCUAGAGUGAAGAUGAGGAGGAGUGACGUGGAGGCCACCUGCAGGGAGCAUCAGGAGAAACAGCUUGUGGAGCUGAGCCUACAGAUGGCUCUGCUGGCCUCUCCAGCUGCAUGGGAGAGAACAGCUCUGAACUGUUCCCUGGCUGGGCCCUGGCCAGACCCCACAUGGCCCCCUGCAUCUUGACAUCCCCCGUAUACUGGGGCUCCCCCCACGUGUAGGGGGCUGGGAGGGGGAGCUAGAAAGAAUAAAGAAUCUUGGCAGUCAGUAAGACACCAAA